AUGGAUCUAGCAAGUUUGUCCAAACUUCAAACCGAGGAGGUCAAUCCUCGGACAGUGCAUAUUGACCAGAUGUCAACGCUGGAAAUGUGCACUGUGAUCAAUGCGGAGGACCAUUAUGUUCCAGCCAGCGUCGUGCCUUGCUUGCCUGCUAUUGCUGGCGCUAUCGAUGUAUUGGCCCCCCGUGUGCGCCGAGGUGGCCGAGUUAUAUAUGUUGGUGCAGGAACAAGUGGAAGACUGGGCAUUUUGGAUGCUUCGGAGAUCCCACCGACAUUUGCCGCUCCUCGCUCGCAGUUUAUUGGCCUUAUUGCAGGAGGAGAUGAUGCGAUUCGGCAAGCGCAAGAAGGCGCAGAGGACAAUGAAGAGGCUGGUGAGGCAACUAUGAAGCAGCUCAGCCUGGAUCCUGAAAUUGACAGCAUCAUCGGCAUCGCAAGUUCAGGUCGCACACCUUAUGUCAUGGGGUGUCUUUCCUUUGCUCAGAAGCUUGGCUGUAUAACUAUCGGGGUUGUCUGUGCAGCGCCAUCGGCCAUCGGCACCACAGGGAUUGCAGACUUUCUGAUCACACCUCUACCAGGGCCUGAAGUGGUGACUGGUAGCACGCGACUCAAGGCCGGCACUGUGACCAAGCUUGUUUUGAAUAUGCUGAGCACAGGUACCAUGAUCCGCACUGGAAAGACUUAUGGAAACAUGAUGGUUGAUCUUGUAGCCUCCAACUUAAAAUUGAAGCAAAGAUCUCUGAAUAUUCUGCGGAGAUUGAGCUCCAAGUGCCAUACUCUGUCAGAUGAGGACCUGUAUACUCUUCUCUCGAGGUGUAACCAUAGCGUCAAGCUGGCUAUAUUGGUCGCUGAAACUGGCGACUCAGUGGAGACGUGCGAGAUAUACCUCAGAGCUGCUGGUGGGGUUUUGGCUAACGCAAUGACUGCUGUCUCCAAGCCCAUUAUUCCUGAGGGCGUGUCUGGUAGGCCAUUUACUUUGUGCAUCGAUGGUGGAGGAACAAAAUGCGCUGCUGUGGUCACAGACGGUGCUGAUAUCGUCUUUCGAGGCUGUGCUGGUCCCUGUAAUUUGACUGAUAGUAUCGGGGAUCUAGACAUGGUUGUCGCAACACUGCUGGAAGCAACAAGAUCUGCCUUAAAAGAGCAUAUCCCAAGUGACCCAGAACAAGUAUACUCUCCUGGGGAGUAUCUGCGAUCAUGCUUCAGCUCUGUGUGGGUUGGGCUGGCUGGUCUGGAUAGAGCUGGCAUUAAGGAAUCGUUGGCGCCCAGGUUGGGUGAGGCUUUCGGGCUCAAUCACACAACUGGCAUCCGUUUAACCAAUGAUGUCGAUCUCUUGACUGCCGCGAUCCCCCAGCACCUGGCGCCAUCCUCCGUAUUGGUUCUCAUUGCCGGGACUGGAAGUGUUGCCAUGCGAUACAGCCCGUCGCGUGAAAAUGGUUAUACCUGUGUUGCAAGGUCCGGUGGCUGGGGCCACAUGCUUGGAGAUGAAGGCGGCGGUUAUGCUAUCGGUCUAAAGGCCAUUCAGCAUACCUUAGGUGUCUUUGAAGAGAUAACUCUGGGAAUUGAAACAUGCGAGGUAGGCAGACUUGAGCUAGCCGUUGCGGCAACGCUUGGCUGUUCCGGCUCUCCAAGCGCUAGUAUCGACAUGUUGAACCAGAUCCUCUUAGAUAAGUGCACCCAGAAUGCCAAGUCACGCAUCGCUAGUAUUGCCCGGGUUGUUGUUGGACUUAUUGGAGAAAACGAGACUGCAGACGCCAUUUUGAAUUCUCAGAUUGCCCUACUGGUAGGCAAGACACUUGGCCGACUGGUCAACCCCAAGGGGACUCAUUAUCGGUUAUCAGAGUCAUCCGUGCUCAUUCUGGCCGGAGGGUUGAUGAAGAAUGAGUUGUAUCGAGCUGCACUAGAACAACAUUUAUACCACCAUCAGUUGUAUUUCUAUCGCACAGUGGUUGUGGAAGAUGCGGCGCUCACAGGCGCAAGAUAUCAACGGUCAUGA